AGAUAUUUCUAGUACUUGAGAAAGCAAGACUUGUCUGAGCAUGCUUACAUGCAAACAGUAUUUGUCUCAAAACCAGUUUAAAGUCAAACUUAUUUUUCCAAGACAAGAUAGCUCUUCACCCACCAGCCUUCACCCUGCCGCUUGGGUGGGGCUUGGGGCUCCUUCUCUGCAGGCCUGAAAGGGAGAGGCCUGGUGAGUAACCAGAAAGCGGGUUUUUGUUUUGUUUUGCUUUGUUUCACUCUACAGUGUGUUUGGAUAAAAUCACUGAGAGUUUAACUGUCCCUAAAAGCAAUAAUGGGGUUUGUUAGCAGGAAGAAACCAGAUGUGAGUCAUAUGCUUAGAACUGAGAUUGAGGAGGAAAGGAAGAAUUCAGACUCUUGCAAAUAAGCAAGCUGAGAAAAGGCAGAGAGGAAAGCAUCUCUGCAUUUGAAAGAAUUUUCCUGUGUCAGCAGCAGCUGCCGCCACCUCCGCCACCUCCGUACAACAACGUCCCCCGGGAACAAUGAGGGACAAGAAGAAGAUUAGCCUCCCAGCAAAGUUACUCAAUGGCGGUAUAGCAGGGCUUGUUGGAGUCACUUGUGUUUUCCCCAUUGAUUUGGCCAAAACCCGCCUCCAGAAUCAGCAAGGACAAGCAGUCUACACUGGAAUGCGAGACUGUUUGAUUAAGACUAUUCGCUCAGAAGGGUUCUUCGGCGUUUAUAGAGGGGCUGCUGUGAACCUAACUCUCGUCACUCCCGAAAAAGCAAUCAAGUUGGCAGCCAAUGAUCUCUUCCGCCAGUUGCUCUCUCAGGAUGGAAAAGAAUUGUCAUUAGGAAGGGAGAUGCUGGCUGGCUGUGGAGCGGGAACCUGCCAGGUGGUGGUCACUUCCCCAAUGGAAAUGCUGAAGAUUCAACUACAGGAUGCUGGAAGGCUAGCGGCUCACCAGCAAAAGGCCUUGGGACAGGAUGGACUCUCUGCUGCAGCCGCUUCCCAUUCACCACCAGGUUUGCACCACAGGCAAACAAAAACCUCAGCGUCUGCAACAACCUAUCAGCGCCCCUCUGCCACUGUGAUUGCCAGGGAUCUGCUGCGUACCCAAGGUCUAUCUGGCCUGUAUAAAGGGCUGGGGGCCACCCUACUCAGGGAUGUGCCCUUUUCUAUGAUAUAUUUCCCACUCUUUGCCAAUAUCAACAAGUUGGGACAGAAGAACCUGGAAGAAAAAGCAUCUUUCUUGCACUCAUUCGUCUCUGGCUGUGUGGCAGGAUCUGUGGCUGCUGUGGCAGUGACCCCACUGGAUGUUCUGAAAACACGCAUUCAAACUCUCAAGAAAGGGCUGGGAGAGGACACAUACAAUGGGAUCAUUGAUUGUGCCAGGAAAAUAUGGAUUCAUGAGGGUCCUGCUGCUUUCAUGAAAGGGGCAACAUGUCGCGCACUGGUCAUAGCUCCCUUGUUUGGCAUAGCCCAAGGGGUCUAUUUCAUUGGCAUUGGAGAAUACGUCAUGGAUUUUUUCAAAUAGCAUCAUCUCCAAAUGCAGUGCCUCUUCCAUUGAGACUGCCCAUGUUCAACAGAACCGAUUGAUGGAAGAGCAAAAGAUUUCUCCUUGAACAGCUGAGGCAACAAACCACCGUCCAGGCUGCUUCUGUCCAGGAAGAUUACCUUCAAGAAACUCCACUUCCUAUGCAAUCCGCUCAAGUCAAGGGAAUAUGUCAUCCUCACCUUCUUUAUAAAGGUGAGGAUGACAUAGUUUUAAUGAAAAGGUACAUAUUUUGCUUAUUGAACUUGCAUAUUUUCCUUAAAAUGCCUAGCCCCAUGCUUACAAGAUAAUCCAGAAGAAAUUGAAAGUAAAUUCUAACAAGGAUUCUAGUUCUAAGGGGGAGCUUGGAAUUGGCCCACGAAGGUCCUACCCUUCACCAGUCCCCAUAUCCUUUUAAUAUAAGAACCUAGCAAAAGAGCUUUAUCAGAUUAAUACCCUUGAACAAAAGAAAGGAGGAACCCUCGUGUAUAUGUAAUGUGUACUCAUAAUGUACAGAGAAAUUGUAGACUAUAAUUUUUUAACUUUAUGUUUCUAUUAUGCAUUUGUUAGAACUUAUGGAGUCUUUGGGACUUCUUUA